CACGGUAGAGAGGGAGCGGUUACGCGAGCACGCACAGGCUAUGAACGCGCACAGGUAGAUUUCUAUUAUCAGUGUUCAGGAAAACUGGAAAUCACAGUCGCGAAACUCGAAGUGGCACAUUAAAGGGGUAUUCUCCAAUAUGUCAGCCCGAUCAAGACCUGGCUAUUAUCGCCAGGAGGUGAAUAAAGCUGUUUGGGAGGUUCCGGAGAGAUACAGAGAUCUGAAACAGGUGGGGUCGGGGGCAUAUGGUACAGUAUGCUAUGCACUUGACCGGAGGACAGGGGCAAAGGUGGCCAUCAAGAAACUCCAUCGUCCCUUCCAGUCUGACCUGUUUGCCAAAAGAGCUUAUCGGGAGCUCAGGCUACUCAAACACAUGAAACAUGAUAAUGUUAUUGGACUCCUGGAUGUUUUCACUGCAGACCUUUCUCUAGACAGAUUCCAUGACUUUUACUUGGUCAUGCCUUUCAUGGGUACUGAUCUAGGAAAGUUAAUGAAAAUGGAGAGACUGUCAGAGGACAGGGUCCAGUAUCUGGUCUACCAGAUGUUGAGAGGACUUAAAUAUAUCCAUGCUGCUGGAAUCAUACACAGGGAUCUCAAACCGGGCAAUCUGGCAAUAAAUGAGGAGUGUGAGCUUAAGAUCCUGGAUUUUGGUCUAGCACGACAAGCAGACAGUGAAAUGACGGGUUAUGUUGUGACACGUUGGUACAGAGCACCUGAGGUCAUUCUUAGCUGGAUGCAUUACACUCAGACUGUGGACAUCUGGUCAGUCGGAUGCAUCAUGGCAGAGAUGCUGCUAGGGAAACCACUGUUCAAAGGAAAUGACCACCUGGAUCAGCUGAUGGAGAUCAUGAAGAUUACAGGGACGCCCACAAAAGAGUUCACGGCCAAACUACAGUCUGAAGAUGCUAGACACUACAUAGCAAAGUUACCAAAACUUAGAAAGAGAGAUCUUCGGACAUUGUUACCAAAUGUUAACCCACAAGCAAUUCAUGUGUUAGACAGCAUGCUGCUCCUGGACCCUGAAAGUAGAAUAACAGCGGCAGAGGGACUGGCUCUUCCUUUCUUCUCUGAGUUUCGUGAACCAGAGGAGGAGACUGAGGCCCCACCAUAUGAUCAUUCUCUGGAUGAGGCAGAGCAGUCAGUGGAGCAGUGGAAAAAACUCACCUUCACUGAAAUUCUGACCUUCCAUCCAGCACCAGUGGUGGCAGAAUCUAAAGAGACGGCUCUCUGAGAUUGCUUAUUUUUACAUCAUCAAGGCUUUACAUUUUAUUUGUACCAUGUCAUAUACAGACUUUGAACUAUUUUUGUGAGCAUACUGUUUAGUUUUAGUUUAUCAGCCUGUUGUGUGUUAAUGUCUGGCAUGGUUGAACAAGGCACAACUGAACUAUUGGCAGACCUGCAUCAUUCUGCAAUUUGAGUUGAAGAUUUGAGUAUAAAUCUUUGCAAGUAUGGAAUAGUAGUAUCUUUAUUUUGUAUUAGUAGUAUUUUUUAUUUUAAGCAAAGCACAUCACUUGCCAGCAUUAUUGCUGACAAAUAAUUACACUGGAGAUAAUUUCACUGAAAUGCCACAGUAUAAAUAUUUGUAUGUUUUAUAUAGUUUACAUUUAAUACGGAAAUAGAAAAAACUAUUUUCAGGUUUUGCCAAACACCACAGCCAAGUACUUAGUAUCUGCAAGAGUAUUCAUUUUAACAGUUUGAUAACCUGGCCACAGUCACAAAUACAGAGUCCAGAAAAAUAAUGUUUUUAUGCAAAGGAAAAUAAUGUACAAUAAGCAUGUUUUUAAUUGAUUACAUAAUAUUUUUCUUGUAUAUUUUUAAUUCAGGGUUAAAAAAGUAGGAUUAAAAGACAAUUGGUACUUUU